CAAAGAUCCCCGACGCGAUCUAGCAACAUGCAUUGUGAAUGUCUACUCUAACCGGCUUGCACGUUUCACCCUCGAGCCGAUUCUUUCCGUUGUCCGACGGACACUUGGCGGGGUUACGUUAAGCUGUGCGCAAUAAGAAAUGUCAAUGUCUCAAGAGAGGAUUCCUGGCCGACUAUUCCGCGAUGGAACUAGGUGAGUUGGACGACGUGUUGUGCUCCACUCGUCGGUUUCAUCGGCGAGGACUCCUCAUCUGCCUCCUCUCUUUCGACCAACGACCGCGCCUCUUUUCAACAUCUCUCUCGUCUCGUUUGCGCGACACGUAUGCCGGAAACGCGACUCUUUUCACGUCUUUUUUUUUUUUUUCACGCGCGUGGAAGCCGCUGGUUUAAAGAAGACGUGGUAGUCGCCAUCGUUUCACAGGGGGCUAGUCAGUCUGGUCGCGAAGUAGGUUGCGUGUUUCGCUCGAUUUCAAAGAAACGAGAGAUUCGAAAGAGGAGGAGACUGGAGGGUUUUGAAGACGAGUUUUUCGCGAAGACGAUUGGUGGUGAGCUGCUGCUUGUCGGGGUACUCUGGAGGGUUCGCGACGAACACCCGCCGAUAGGUCUGUGACUUUUCAAACGUUCUCUUUCUCCGUGGUGCGUGUCUCGAUGAUUAGGACGUUUCUAGACAAAGGACGAUUCGAACUAACAUUUUGUUCGAUUUCAUUUCCUUAUCGCCUGUGAAAUAUGAACUUUUUAACUAUUUUUUACUCUUCAUUUACGUCAUCGAACACUGUGGGAUUUGAAAUUUUUAAUUUAAUUCAAUUUUCUUAGUUUGGCGUUAAAUAUCCAAAUGUUUGAAUUAAUACGAUCGUGUAUAGCUCAACGAUGCUAAAAUUUAAAUAAGAAUCGAGUGAAAAAGAUGGAUGUAUCAAUGUUGGAGAACACGACGCGAUCACUAGACGACGAAGAUUCCACGAAGGGCUUUCGUUGGUGGAUUAAUGCGUGGGGUCUGCGUUCCCGCAAGAACCCCACACUACCAAAAAUUUAACGCACAAAUACUCACAUUAGGAGUACUUACAGGCUUCAGCUUGUGGCCUCAUGCCUGGGGGAACCACCUCGUUGAUCAUGGUAUCCCCUACGCCAGGUUAGUAUGGCGCGCACCAAUUUCCGGCUCCGUGAUUAGCACUGACGACUACGUACUCACUUUCGAGAAAUUAUUCUCAAACUGAAACUCCAUCCAUUGGCAAUCAAGCUGAACUAUUUGUGAUAAUUGAAUAACGAAUUAUCCGAUCGAAUCACAAGAUGGCCAAGAAAAUUCUCGCGUUUUUUAUUUCAUUCUCAUCUUUCUCUGGAGGGAAAAAUUGUUAUCGUGGAAUGGAUUGCAGAGAGUUUCGUGAUUGUGUUAUCACUCGAAUGUUUUGGUAUCGUUGGAUACAGAUUAUUGUGGCAAUUUAUGUUAGGUCAUUGAAAUCUUGGAUAUUUCAUAUUCUUGCUGAUAGAGGUUAACAUUACAAAAUUGAAUCAAAUUGAAAAUCGAAAUAUCUCGUCGGAGAGUUAAUUUACAUUUGUUGAACAUUUACAAUUUAUGAAAGAAUUCUAGCGUUGCAACUUUUGCACUCGUUUCUUUGAUUUACGAACGUUUCGACGAGAUCGCGAUUGGUUUGCCUUCGUCGUGCAAAGACACGUCAGAAUUUCGCAAACAUGCACGCGUGGAAAAUGUGUAUCGCCCGACCCUUGGCGUGUAAUUCUCGAAUCGACGCGUGCAACCGUCUCCGUCUGUCGGCGAAAUUCCCUGCCUAAAUCGGGGAUAUUGUGAGCUUGAUUACUUCGAUAUAGAUAUUGCGUUACAGCCGUGGCCUACGGGGGCGUAUAAUCGAACUACACGAAGUCUCGUAAACUCGAUGAACUUGAAAGACGAGCCACCGUCGAAGUCCUGAAUUUCUGAUGGCGUGCAUUGUUAGCAUUUUGGAAGCUCCGUUUCCCUUCGUUUCUCCGUCGCUGUUGCUGUUGCUGUUUCGACCCGACCAUUUCCUCCCUUGAUAAUUGAUUUCCCGCGUGUAAACGAGUGAUCGAGACGCCGGGCGCUGCGAGAUGAAUUUUUAAGUUUUCCUUUCCCCGCGAGGUCGGACGAACGAUGACGUAUUAUGAUUAAGGAGGUCAGCAACGAGAGAGUUUUGCAGCGAGUGAGAAAUAUCUUUGAAAUUAAAUUAAAUUGGAGGAAGAAAAGUUUUUUAGUUGAGGAUUAAGUGAAAAUCGAAUUACAAGUUGUGUCACGAUUCCACGUAUCUGACAACAUAGUUUGCAAUCAUCUGUACUCGUUAAAUUUUCUUUUUUUUAAGGCAAUAAUCACGAUCUGAUAUAUCCACUGAAUCAAAUUAAAAAAAGAUCGCGAAACAAGAAGCAGGUAAAUAUCCGAUCCGAUCAAGUCCAUGUUAAUUUUUCUCGAAAACAGCAAUUGCUGUCUUUAACGCGUUAAGAAAGAAAUCUAUAUCUACGAUUAUAUGCAAAUCCAAAUCACCGAAAAUUUGACAGGCUCGCGAGAAAAACUGGCAAUCUCAUCGAUGGCCCAUUAAUUCCCAGUAAUGAUCCAAUUACCGGGGCCAGAGUCAGCCCUUUCCAACAGCCAUUCACCACCUUGCAGCGUGUUCGUGCGCAUCGGUCACGUUCCAGGGCAUUGAGCAACAUCCAAGUGUACCUAGCCUAACUGAACCGUAACCAGACCGCCGUCGCAAAUCAACCCCACCGCCCCCUCAACAGGCCAAAUAUUAAUUCGAUCGAGUUUGGUCGUCGUAGUAACCGGUAAACACAGGUUCGCGUUCACUCGUCGAAGACUCGCGAUGUUGAAACGUUCGGACGUCGCUCUAACCUUCAGAACACGAGUCGAGAUGAGUUUCUUCAAAGUGGAGGAGGUGCAGUGCGGACCUCUGAAGCCGAGGAAGUAUCCGCCAGCUGCUGUUGGCAGUCCGAACGCGUUCUGGGGAUACAGGCUGCGCGAGCGGUCCGGUUGCAAAACGACGAAGAUCCCGCAAUCGUACGAGGAACAUCAGCGACAGAGGCAGAAGGAGUACGAACACCUGACGAAACUCUUCGAGUUCGAGAACCAAACGAACAGUAAAAUCAAGAGGAAGAGCGUUCGGCAGCGUGUUCAGCAAGGAUUGGCGUCGUUCGAGGAAAGCGUGAACGCGCGGCGCGAGAAACUGCGCGACUUGCUGUUGAAAGAAGAGAUGGGUCUGAUCCACGAGGUGAUACACCAGGCACAACACGGCGACGACGCGAGGAUGGACGACAUGCGGCAGAGAAUAGAGGAAAUCCAGAGGGAGGAGGAGGAGAAGCGUUUAGCAGUGGUAGCCGCGAAGCGAGUGCAACAGCGUGUGGCCCAGUCGCAGGAGAUUCGCGAGAGAAUUUCGAAGAAGUCGGUGGUCGACGCGAAAUUGGUCAACUUGGCCCAAAUGGCGGACAACGAGGCAAAGAGACAAGCUGACAUUGAACUGGACAAUCUCUGGCAUCAGCUGAUGCUGAAAGAAGUGGAAGCGAAGAAGCAGAGGGACGUGGAAGAGGCGAAAAGGCGUUGUCUCACGGAACAGUCGAAUCUGACCAUCCUUGCGAACCAAGUGGCGGGGAAACUGGCUCUCGAGGAGCAGAAGAAGCAGAUACACGUGGAAGACAGAGAGCAUAUGCAACGUCUGUUGGAGAAACUUCGUCAGGAAGAUCUGGAGAACGUCGAGAGGGAGCGUCGGAAGCGUGAGGAGCUGAAGAAGGAUCUGCAGGAGCAGAUUCUGAUGGCGAAGCGGAAGCUGGCGGAACAGGCACGUCACGAAGCGGAAAUGGACCGCUUGAGAGGGACCAUCGCCGCGGAGGAAUUGGCAAAGGAACGAUCUGACAUCAUAGAGUCCAGUGCCGCUCUUCGUAAAGAGUUGCUCGCUUACAUAGAAUAUUUGGAGGAUCUGCGGAAAGAGGAAGCUAGGAGAAACGCGGAAGUGGACAAGAUAAUAGAGAAGUCGUUGCACGACGCCGCUAGCAAGCGCAACCAAGUGGUGCAGAAGUUUAAAGCGGCCAGGAGGAAGAUUCUGGACGACGUUCUGCGUGGUCGCGAGCAACAGUUGAGAAUGAAGAACGAAAACGAGAAGAGGGAGAUGGAAGCACGUCGAUUGGAGAAAGAGACGUUGGAGAAGCAGAUAGAAUCGGAGGCGAAGUUGACUGCCUACGCGAAGAAGGAGAAAAAGGAGAAGAUGUUGUGUUAUAGAAAAGAUUUGGAGGAACAGUGGAAACUGGCGGAGGACGCGAAGCGUAGAGAAGCUGAAGAAGAGAAGAAGAUGUACUUGGAAGAGCUGAAACGUCAGGAGGAGUGUGAGAAAUUGACGGAGGAGUUGUUGGAGGCUUCUGAGAUUGUUGUUCCGCAUCCGUUCAAGAUUUUGCUGAGGGAAUGCGCGGCUCGUUACGCUGCGGAGAAAGAGGGACAGUGUUACUGUCCGCCACCACUAGACGAAGAGAAACAAUGUACGCGUGAAUUUGAAUGAUGACAGAUAUGCAAUAUACGUUUUAUUAUAUUGUAAAUUCAUAUACAUUGAUAUACAAUCUUGGAUGGCCCUCAUACUGCAUGAAUUUUUGGUCCAUUACGUGUACGUCAUUCAUCGAUUAUUAAAAAUAUUUGGAAU